GCUGGCUUAGAUUUGAAUAGCGGUAGUAACACGAAAGUUAGAUGAAUAUGACAGUGUAUUGAAGUCUGAAAUUUGAACUGCAUUUUCUGUGAGAAUGGGGACGAAGACAUCUGCGCGACCUAAUUUAACCACUGUACAGUAUACGGCGUUUCCACAGACAUAUCUUCAGGACAGUGUUAAAUGUAUGCAGGAGAAGCAGGCUCUGAAAGAAAUUAAGCCUCAUAGUUGGUUAACCACUGUUAAGGAUGUGGAGUUUCCACAAACGUAUGUGCAGAAGGUGACAGUGCAGUCAAAUAACAUAGAAGCUGUAGAACAGUAUGUAGAGAGUCCAGAAGCUGUGGCGCAAUACGUGCAGUGCUCUGACCCGAAUAUAUAUUUAAAGCAGAGGGAAACGCAGCCCCCUGGUUGGAAUAUUCAGCAUCUGCCGUCACCGUCGGAUCACGCAUCAAACUUGCAGUCUUCAGUGCCGAGUCCAGAUUCGUCGACUGCUAAAGAGCAUUACCUCUAAAAGAAGUGAUAGAGAUGGAGGAUACAAAUGAAAUGAUAGAGGUGGACAGUUUCAGUGCUGCCCACUUACUCACUACGCAGCACGAAAUUCUGUCAGAUACCUCACCCGACGUCUGGCAUAAAAUUAUUGUGGUAUCAGCUGUGUAUAACAGAAUGGCUGUUCUCAAUGCCAUCAACAGGAGAAUUUCUCCACUGAAGCUCACUCCAUAUUUUUUUCGCAUGGAGAAAGAACACAUAACGUUCCUGGUGAAUAACUGCAGUGCUGCCCUGACAGCAUUGUUCAAACAAAACCUUAAAGUACCAUUUUAUCCUCGUAAGAUUAUAUUGAAAGUCCAGCUUCAUGCCAAGAAAGUCGACCUCUCUGCAAUUCUGCUGAGAAUUAUCAGUAAUAGGCUCAGUUCUUGGAAAACAUGCUUAGAUCUGUCAAACCUGACUAGCAUUCCUGAAUUUCAGCAGGUGAUGUAUGACCCAUCACAAACCCAUUUACUGCCGCAGUUGAUGAAAAUGGUACAGGAGGUGGCUCCGAACCUCAUCAGCCUCAGUCUUGCAGGAAAUGAACUGUGGACACUGGACCAUCUUACAAGCGUCUUUGCAAAUAAACCCAAAUGGUGGUCACUGAGAGUAUUAGAUCUGACCGACAACAAGAUUGACAGUGUUUCUAGACUGGUGGCCUUGAAGUCUAUACCUAUUACAGAAUUGUACUUGCACAAAAAUCCUGUGUGUGGGAGAUAUAACAGUGGCCAGUCCUACAUAAGCGUCAUCAUGAGGGACUUUCCAUGUCUCACUAAAUUGGAUGGGACUUACCUACAUUGCAUACUGGGCUUGCCACAGUGGCGGCCUAAUUACAUUUUCUGUAGCAGUCACGGUGACUCAGGUGAGCUCGCUGACCAGUUCGUCGAGCACUUUUUCACACUGUACGACAGUGAGGAUCGGGCGUGUCUUCGUGGCCUGUACCACAAAGAUGCCUACUUUUCCCUGUCUAGCAUGUACCUUCCAGGACAGAGCACAUCAUUCCGUGCGAGGUUGAGCUCCUACAUAGCAGGGCACAGUAACCUCUUCUACUCAUCUGACAGGCUGAAGUCAAACGCUGCAUUGUGCCAUGGUGAGGAGAAGGUCCUCGCAAAACUUCAGAAGCUGCCACAGACUCGACACGAUGCGUAUUCCUUCACUGUGGAUCUACUACAACAUUCCGACGUAAGUACUAUACUGACUGUUACGGGUGUGUUCAAAGAGCAACCUGUGAAAAGGAACAUAUCGCUUAGACAUUUUAUGCGUACCUUUGUUCUCGUCCGACGAGCAAAUGAUGAAUACCAGAUAGUUAAUGACAUCAUGUAUGUUACAAAUGCAACAACGGCAGAGGCAGAGUUGGCAUUUAAGUACACGAAGCCAUAUACAAACCCAAAGAUAAUUAGACUGCAGAGGCAUGUGACGGAGAGUGAAAAAAAUACUAUGACAGAAAUUUAUACAAUGCUUACUGACAUGAGACCUGAGUGGUCACGCAAGUGCCUGGAUGCUGUGGGCUGGGACCUAAUAGAAGCCCUCCAAACAUUCACUGAAAUGUACAAAGCAGGCAAAAUCCCAGCUGCUGGAUUCAUAAACCAAAAAACAGCAGAUUUGUAAAAGUGCGAAUGUUUUUGCCCACUUUGAAUAUAUGUGACUGUAUAGCAAUUGAAGCAGUUGCUGAGAAAUGCUGCACACUUUGUGAAUGUCAUAGUUGCUGUAACUGCAUCAAGAUUGUUACAGAAAAAGCAUAUGCAGCAAAAGUUUUUUGAGUGAAUGGUUAAUGCAAGCUUGUAAUCAGGGAACUGUAUGCUGAGAGCAGUAACUGUAAUAUUGACUGUACCCAAAGAAAAAUUUAAUCAAAGUAACUGUUAAAUUAUGAGACAGAAUUGCUGAGCCGUAAUUACCUUCAGUACGCUGAUACACACACUAAAGUAAAAGGACCUGGCUUUCGGAACUAUCGGUUCCUUCCUUGAGAAUUAGAGAAAAGGAGUUUGUCGAAAGGUUAAUAAGAAAGGACGGUCACUCAGACACCAUGAUGAGAGGGAACGGCCAGCUCUUCAUGAAUGGAUCUACAGUGUUUGAGAUAACGUUUAACCAGGUCUUUCUUUGGCUUAAUUUGUCAAGGAAUGUUGUGGCAGAACAUGACUAACAUAGGGGUAAAGCUCGCCAAAUAGUCGAAGUUGUCAAUAGUAACACAGAAUGAAAACUUUGCUGCUAGCUUUUGGAUAAAUUAUUUAACGAGAUAGAGUGGACACACACACACACACACAUACGAGAUCUACAUCGGCACACCCACAUGUACAGCUACCUUUCCCACUAAAAUGUGCUGGCUGAACGUGCAAUGCUGGGUGCCAUUGCAAUGUAACAUGCAUGCACAAAUUUGUAACCUCACUCUGGUGCAUGGCUUCCUCUCUUCUUAUUGUCUGUCUGACCUGCCAUUCCUUUUUAACCUUCCACAACCUACUUUUUUUUUUUUCUAUCCGAUAAAGGAACUAAUGUCUGUGAAAGCAUAUAUAAUGCCAUGUACAUUUUCUUUUAUAUGUAUCAGUGGUACUAAAUAUAUUGCUUCAUGAUAGCAUGUGCUGGCUAGCAAUUAUGUCUUGUA